AUGUCUGAAGAAGUGAAAACGGCCAGCGCAGGUGCUGGUCCUAACGCAGAGGCGGAAAAGGACGUGCAGAACGUCCUGGCCGAAUUGAAGGCGGAGGAGCAGAAAGCGGGUGAGUCCGCCAACGGCGCUUCUGCAGAUGAGGCUGCAGAGGAAGCAAGAAUCGUUGCGGAAGCCGCCAAACUGGGGAAAGAAUCGGAGAAGAAGGACGAGUCGAAGACCGAUUCGAAGAGCCAGAAAGAGUCCCGUCCCAAGGGCCGCCCCGAUUAUCGCAAAAACAUCAAAUCCGACUUGACUUCUCAACAGGAAUCCAGUGACCCCGUUGCCAUCAGAAAGCAGGUGGAAUUCUACUUCUCGGAUUCCAACCUUCCUAUGGACAGGUUUCUGCUCUCUAAAGUUGGAGGCAGCAAAAACCGCCCGGUCGAUCUCACUCUUAUUCACUCUUUCAAACGCAUGCGCCACUUCCAGCCGUUCAGUGCCAUCGUCGAGGCUCUGAAAUCCUCCGAGACCCUUGAACUUACCGACAACGACACCAAAGUGCGCCGCAAGGUUCCCCUGCCGGAAUCCGUCGACGAAAAUCUCGAUCCCAAUGUUAUCAAGGUUUUCGAGGACAAGGCAAUGAGCAGGAGCAUUUAUGCCAAAGGUUUUGGUCCUGAAGAACCCAGCACCCAGUUCGACAUCGAGGCUUUCUUUGCUGCCUACGGCCCGACCAAUGCCGUCCGCCUGCGCCGUACGCCCGAUAAGAUCUUCAAGGGCAGCGUUUUCGUGGAGUUUGACUCGGAAGAGACGCAGAAGAAAUUCCUUGCCCUGGACCCCAAACCCAAGUGGAAGGGACAGGAGUUGAUCAUCAAGAGCAAGAAGGAAUACUGUGACGAAAAGGUCAAGGAGAUCGAGGCGGGUAAGAUUAAGCCGUCCAAGUCUUACCGAGGUCGAGGUCGUGGUGGCCGCCAGAACGACGACCGCGACUGGAGAGAGCGACGGGCAGAGGAUCAGAAGAAAGGAUUCCAGAAUGGAGGCCGAGACAGUCAGGGUAACAACAAGGAGCGCAAGGAGAUUCAGAAGGAUGCUCGGGGCGUUCCGGUUGUUCAGAGCACUGCCAAUGAUGAUAGCACAGCUUCCGCGGGACAGAAGCGAGCUCGUGAAGAGGACGGCGAGCAGACGACCACCAAUGGUGCUACGAACGAACCUCCGGCCAAGAAGGUGGAUGUGAAGGAGGGAUAG